UUUGGCACUUUUAGUUUCUUUGAACUCUCCUCAGCUGUGAACUCAUAAACUGUCACUAUCCUUCGCUCAUCUUAUAAAGCAACGUCUUCACAAUCGGGGUAAGGUCUUUGCUUUUGGAACCGCUUGUGUGUGCCAGAUAUACUUUUAAGCUUACACUUUGGAAAAUGGAGCAUCUGCACGAAGGUCUAAUGGACUUGGAUGAUGGUUUAAGCAUCCUCACCUCUAAGCUUCUCGCUGCCUGGGACUGGAAGACUAAAGACAAGGCCUUCGAAAUGGGACACGAGCUGUCUCCUCGAAGUACGUCUCCAGCAUCCUCUUUUGAUUCUGUCUGUUCUUCUCCAGAGAUGAUGAAUAUCGCAGGAAACCCCUUGACCAGUCUUUCGCAUUCUGCUUUUCAAAGCUAUAAUAACGACGUAGUGGCCGCCGCUGCAAACCACAAACAAACAAACAAACCGAAGAUGUCGACCAAACGUCGGAUGAAAGCCAGCGAGCGAGAGAAAAUGAGAAUGCGGAAUCUGGCGGAUGCCUUGCAUCACCUUCGAGAUUAUUUGCCUCCUGACUACAGCCAAAGAGGACAACCCCUCACCAAAAUCCAGACCCUUAAAUACACCAUCCAAUAUAUAAAUGAACUUUCCGACCUCCUUAGAAAAAAUGGGGAAGGGUUUGCGUAA